AUGCUUUCGGGAAAUGCUCCUGUUCAGCAAACUGUGGAACCAGCAAGCAAAGUGUCGCUACGUGAUGAGCGCCUGCCUCGGUUGUACUAUGAAAAUUUCCAUGUCGCCCAUCCGAUCUUGGUGCCCAGCUCCUUGUAUCAUGACCACAAUUACCCUCACUUCUUACAGCUAGCUGUACAUUUUGUGGGGUCUCAUUAUAUUGCGUCUAUUCCGAGCCAGCCAUACAAAGAACAAGUCGUUGCUGAGCUGAAGACAAACCCUGAUCGAUCGGCUUCCAUGGUCCAGGCUUGGCUACUAUAUUCUAUUGCUCUGUACGCCCGCGAUGAAUGGGCCGAGGCACAAGAUGCCCUCUCUAAUAGCAUUGAUAUUGCUUUGGAGCUUGGCAUGAACCGUUGGUCAUUCGCUUCAUCCACGAACCCCGAAAGAUCUCUUGAAGCCGAAAGCAUGAGACGAACAUGGUGGGAACUAUACGUCACCGAUAUAUUCAUGGCAGUCCCGCUCAAAACCACGACAUUUCGAUGUAGCACUGUGUCGCCGGAGGUGGCCUUGCCCUGCGAAGAGUCAGCAUACAAUUGUGGGGGUGAUAUUCCGAAACCACGUAUGAUGAUCGAGUUCAAGCGGAGGAUACUCGCGGCAGAGGAUACUGUCUUUUCAUCCUUUAGCUACCGAAUCGAGGCCACGACAAUAUUAUGCCGGGUUCUUGUCCUGAACCGACUACGCGACUGUCACCGCGAUCAUCUCCAAGCUGUCGAAAAUGCACUCGUGAGCUGGAUCAAUCACCUACCGCCCAAAAAGCUCGACAUUGUUGAUUCAUACGGCAACGUUGACGAAAUGAUGUUUCAAGCACAUUUGACAAUAGCCUACGCCGCCAUGCUCCUACAUCUACCCCGAAGCGACCUUCCAUCUGUAUUAUCCCAGUCUCAGCCAGAUGAUCGCUUCUGGCCCGGCCUGACUGGCCAGCUCUCAUCAACAUUCACCCGUCUCGUCCAUAGUAUCAAAGCAACAGAGGCCUCGAGGCGGAUCUCAGAUUCCAUAUCUGUUUGUCCAAACGUCUCGAAGCACACCCCCUUCAUCAUCCCCGCCUUGGCCCUUUGCGGACUCAUCCAGCUCGCCACAUCCACCAGUCAUUCCGAGGAGUGUUUCGACCAUCACUGCAACCGUGUCACACUCAUUCUAGGCUGUCUCAAAAGCACCCAGCGGACAUGGAAACUGGCCGAGUCCUUGUACCAUGCUCUUCGAUCUUCUGCAGCGGAAGUCUUGUCGGAUUCGAUGGAAAAAUGGAAUGCAGAACCACUACAUCGAUUCACCCCGACAGCCACAACGCCUAAUGACCAAGAAAGACCCAGCUCCGGUGCCAAUCCUGCUCCAGUCAUGCCAGACGGACAUGAUUUCAUGCCGCCGGAGUUUUCCCCGGGAUUCAUCGAUCCAACUUGUUAUAAUGCUUCGUUUUUCAGCGCUAUCCCUGACUUUGAUAUUAAUUAG